AUGGCGGUGCCAGGAUCUACACAAAGGAUGUCCAGCUCUGGGCUCUUGACACAGCACCAUGCAGCCUCAGUUGGUGAGCAGGGCUUCAAAGGUGGAGGGGACCUCCCAGAUGGAGAAAAGGGAGAGCACCUCAGUCAGAGGCCUGGCAUCUCCCCAGGCAGAAAGAAUGGACAGCAAGAGCAAGUAAGAAAGUCUUUGUCACAUGACAAGGAUGCUGAAGAAGGCAGCUACUGUAAAUGCUCAGCUGCCGAGGAAGCAAAGCUGCCCCGUCGUGAUGUCUACGAAGCAGACAUGAAUGUGGAAGAGUAUGACAAAGGGCGGCCUGGAGUCCCCGGAGGAGAUCAAGAUGUUGCUGACUGCCUUUCAAAGGAAGAGAAGCCUGUUAAUCCUCCUGGAUUACCAGCAGCAGAGGGAACCAUAGCAAUAAGUGAGAUCCUAAGCACGACUGACUCCACAUCCCAGAGACCUGCAAUACCUGGCCACUUAGGGCCAGCGCCACAAGAUAUGGGCAACACACUAGGCUACCAGGAGAAUUCUAAGAAGGACCCGGGAAGACGGAGAGGAAAAUGUGGCAGUGGGAGAGACAUUUCUAAAAUUUCGGCACCCAAAAUGAACUCAGAAGAGGCUUUGAGCCACUUUAGUGGAAAGAGCUGUGUCACCACAGAUUUCCACCAAGAAAAAUGGAUCUAUGUUCACAAGGGAAGUACUAAAGAGCGCCAUGGCUAUUGUACUUUGGGGGAAGCUUUCAACAGACUGGACUUCUCAACAGCAAUUCUGGAUUCCAGAAGAUUCAACUACGUAGUACGGCUGUUGGAACUGAUAGCAAAGUCACAGCUCACAUCCCUGAGUGGCAUCGCUCAAAAGAACUUCAUGAACAUUUUGGAAAAAGUGGUUCUGAAGGUGCUUGAAGACCAGCAAAACAUUAGGUUAAUAAGGGAACUACUCCAGACCCUCUACACAUCCUUAUGUACACUGGUCCAGAGAGUGGGCAAGUCUGUGCUAGUGGGGAACAUUAACAUGUGGGUGUAUCGGAUGGAGACCAUUCUACACUGGCAGCAGCAGCUGAACAACAUCCAGAUCACCAGGGUAAGCAAGGCCCUGCCUUCUCCAGGCCCCACCUCCGCAGACUCCUCCUCCCCUAGGCUCCGCCUCCCCCAAACCCCGCCUCCUCCUGCUGCGAUGCUGAGUGGCCUCACCAUGGCUGGCCAUAGAGGAGCCCCAGAGUCUUCUGAUUUCAUGCCUUAUCCUGCAGCUGAGGGUGGCCUGGGGGGAUUUCUGAUAAAGGGAAGGUGGGAAGAGGAACUUGACAAAAUGGGAUCAAAAGAUGUGAAAGAUGACAGCCAAAUGACACAUUGUGGGAAAGUGAAAACUUGGCUUUAGGGAAGAUGCUGGCCGUUCUGCAGAAAUCUUCAGUGAGGCUCAGGGAUCUCUCUGCUCAUUUCCUCAUAAAGAAUGAGCUGUUUGCGGAUCCUGGCAUGGUGGCUCACAUCUAUAAUCCCAGCUACUCGGGAGGCAUUGGUAGGAAGAUCACGGUCCCAGGCAAGACUGGGCAAAAAGUGAGACUUUAUCUAAACAAAAUAGCUUUAAAGACUUUUUGUCUUUAAACAAGACUAGAGACAUGACUCAAAUGGCACAGCAUUUGCCUAUCAAGCACAAAGUCCUGAGUUCAAACCUCAGUACCAUCACCAAAAAAAAGUGUGGGGGUGAUGAGCUGUUUGCAGCUUUGGGGUACACUCUCAAAUACAUAGAACCAGGAAGGCAGUGGCUUGGAGAACUGGUCCCAGCCUUUCAAAAUUCUAAUUCCAGUUACAGAUAGUUACCUAAAGGAAACCUUUGAUCUGACUAUGACCACGCAUGUAGGAAAAUGGUGAGCACCUCAUUGAAAGAAUGCCCUAUGUGACUACUGGUAUCCGUAGUUUCUUUUGGCUUUCAAAAUGUAAUUGGCCCUCAGCUCUUCUCCUCCUAAGAGUGAGCAGGAAGACUAAGGCACACAAAAAAUAUGCAACAGACACUGGUGUAAUCUCUCAGGGCUCACUGAGGGACAAGACACACUUAGGCAGCUCACCUAACACUUUGCUUACUUAUCUAAUCACUAGCCCAGGCUGUGUAAGUGGCUUCCAGGGCCCACGCUGAUAAAGCUUGGGGCGCCACCGUAUCAAGAGGUAGCAUGCAGAAACCUCCUGGACCUUUCUUAAAUAAUCAUUUUAUUCUCUGAAGUUUUCAAAAUGCACAUCUUUUGCUUUACUGUUAGGUUGAUGACUGCUCUAUGCCUUGGUUUCCUAAGCUCUGAAGCAUAAGGAGUAAUAGGAAGCCUUAGAGCUAAGCAACCACACUCACACAUGCCCACGAAGGCAUGUGUGUGCGCACACAGACACGCUCGGAGCGGAGCGCACACGCGGGCUCUCUUCCAGAAACAUUCGCAGUUAUUUGAUUAUUUUAAAAGAAUGUGAGGCUGAGCACCGAUGGCUCACACCUGUAAACCUAGCUGAGAUGGGGAGGAUCAAGGAUCGAGGC